AUGUCCGAAGCCGCUCCGCCCACCGACUCCCGCCAGACGAUCAACCCUGCGGCAAAGCGCAAGAGAAGUCCUUCGCUGCCUCAAUACCAGCAACAAGGAGUCACGCCCCAGAACAAGGCUCCCAAGACGAACAAUGUAAGCAGCCAGCUACAGAUCAACUAUAUCGCCAGACAAUGUAUCGACGACCUCCCCUUCGUCUCGAAAGAAGACACCCUUCCUGGUAUGCUGGAGACGCUUUCGUCAUACACACAGGUUCUGGAUCGCCAUGAGUCGCUGGCCAGCAAUCUCGGAGCUCGUCCGCUCGGCCCAAUCCUGAUCAAACGCUUUGAACGCUGUUUCGAUGCGCCUCCGCGAGUCAUCGCCUCGCAUUCGCACGCAAGAGAGUCAGACCUCCCUCAGGUCACCUGGCUGGAUGUCGUCCACUUUGCCCAGGCCCACCCGUCACAGUUCACCCUGUCGACCUUUAGCGAGGGCCGCCGUGUGUGCCAGUUCUACUACCCUCAGAGGCAGGUGCGCGUGCAGAUCUCCGAGGAAGACUACCUCUUCAUCAACAGUGGAAGAUGCCAGGAUCUGAUCCCACCGCUCCCCAUCUGGGAAGAUGAAGAGAAAGAGGUAGCCACAUGCGAGCUCGUCGAGAAGGCCUUGAGAGACGUGACUGCCGCUGCCGAUUCAGUCGCUGCUCGUACUCGUCAACUGGCUCAUCGUCUCAAGGGGAGAAGGAUGGCCAUUCUCGAACGCAGGUCUGCCGAGGAGUCGCACAACCACCAAGUGCAGCAGCAAGCUCUACACCCGUCGUUUGUCUCGGUCAACAACACGCCCAACCAGCAGCCACCCAUGAAGCAGCCUCAACAGCAGCCGCCCAUGUCUCCCGAGAAAGUCGAUCCUGCUUUGCACAUCCGCAACGACCUGCUCAAGCACUUCCAAUCUCUGCCUAAACAAGUUCCUCAACAACCAGACAACCGCCGUGUCUCGUCCAUCCCACAACAACCACAAUCGCCUCCUUUCCAAACGCCGCAAAGUUUCAAUCACCACCCUCGACCAGCCCUCGAAUCGACAUCCACUUCAGUCUCUCCCGUCCCCACCACCGCCGUCGCCCUCGCAGCAGCCGCCGCCGCAGCCCAAGCAUCCCACUACUCUCGCGACGAAUCACCUCAAUCCCAACCGCGUCACAACUUUUCCAAACCUCUGCCGCCAUCGCAAGAAGUCUCGCAACCCUACCGCGCAAUCUGCCAAUCCCACAUGGAGAGCCUGCCCCGGGGUUCACGCAUCAUGCCACCCUGCGACCGCUGCAGACGCCUGAAAAUGGAUUGUCUCAAGAACCUAUCUUCCUGUGGUGGAUGCACGAAAAAGCACGCUCGAUGCCACUGGAAAGACGUUUCUCGACAAGAAGUACAAGGAUUAGAAGGCUUUGACGAUGCAGAAAGAUUGGCGAAUGAAUAUGCAAAUGGCAGCAGAAGAUUCAGUGCCGAGUACGCUCCCAGCGACACCAGUAUGGAUGUUGAUGCCAGAAGCCCUUUUGAUUACCCUUCUCACACUGCGGCUUCCACGCCUGGAGGCUUAGGCAAUGUCGCGAACUUUGUUGCGCGCCCAGCAGCUGCGUACCCCGAGGUUCCGCAGCAGCAGCAACCUUAUCCACCCCCUCAACCGCCUUCCCAGCCUCAACCCUAUGAAGACGGUUAUCGCAGUCAAAGCACUGUCUCUGUUGCCCAGCGCCCACCACCUUUCCCUGAAGAUUUGACUCAACAACAACAACAGCAGCAGCAACAGCAACAAGAUCGUACAAUGGAUUUGCUGCGCGUCCUCAGCAACCACGAUAACGGCGCUUCAGCCUCUCCUGCUGCUGCCACUACGACCAACGUCGAUCAACAAAACAGAAACAACGGUGCUUUCAGGUCGAGUUUUACUGCCGAAGCUACGCCUGCCACUGUGAGUCUGGGGGCAACGAACGGACAGACUGCAGCUCAGCCGCAAGAACAGACCAAUGGUGGUGGCGACCAAGGCCAAAGAGUCUAG